UAAGCCUUAUGUUUUGACGAGCAAGGUAUUUGACCACUCAACAGGCGUCAUUUGCAGAUUGAUGUCUUGUAUCAGCCAACCGGGUCGGCGGGGCGGAACUGACUGGUAUUGGACCGGGGCUGGGUCAGUGGUUACUGUUGUCGCCUGUGGCCCAGUAACUAUAGAUCACACAGAAUGGCCCGUCGUCCACGUAACAGCAGAGCGUGGCGUUUCGUUCUUAGUGGUGUGCGCAGGGAUCACGACGCCCACUCUCCAGCCUUACACGCAGAAGAAGAAGCAUGGGGGUAUGACUCUGAUGGGCAGCACAGUAACAGUGACUCUGACACAGACCUGCUCCACCUGCCACCCUCCAUCCCUAGUGCUGUACCCGUGACAGGAGAGUCGUACUGCGCUUGUGACAGUCAGAACGAUCCUUAUUGCUCCAGCCUGCACACCUUCCAUCAGAUCAAGAGCUGCCAGUGCGGAGAGGAAGACAACUACUUUGACUGGGUGUGGGACGAUUGCAGUAAAUCCACAGCUACCGUACUGAGUUGCGACAGCCGGAAGGUGAGUUUCCACAUGGAGUACAGCUGUGGGACGGCGGCAAUACGAGGCAACCGAAUGCUCACUGACGGGCAGCAUUUCUGGGAGAUCAAGAUGACAUCCCCAGUCUAUGGCACAGAUAUGAUGGUCGGCAUUGGGACUUCAGAUGUGAACCUAGAUAAAUAUCGUCACACGUUUUGCAGUCUUUUGGGCAAAGAUGCAGAGAGCUGGGGACUCUCAUACACAGGGCUCCUCCAGCACAAAGGAGAUAAAAGCAACUUCUCUUCCCGCUUUGGCCAAGGCUCCAUUAUUGGAGUGCAUCUGGACACAUGGCACGGAGUGUUGACAUUCUAUAAAAACAGGAAGUGCAUCGGUGUCGCUGCCAGACAACUGAGGAACAAAAAGCUCUUCCCUAUGGUUUGUUCGACAGCCGCAAAGAGCAGCAUGAAGGUGAUUCGCUCAUGUUGCUGCCGCACCUCACUGCAGUACCUCUGCUGCGCCCGCCUGCGCCAGCUUCUUCCAGACUCUGUGGACUCUCUGGAGGUCCUUCCCCUUCCUCCUGGUCUCAAACAAGUGCUGAGUAAUAAGCUGGGAUGGGUUCUGCAAAUGGGUUCAAAUUGCUCCAGCCAACACAAAGGCAAUGGGUCAGUGAGCACCUCCUGUGGGAGUGACUCUGACAGCAGCUGCACGCCCGGACACGACGACUGUCAACGCAAACGGUGCCGCAGGAUUUAAACGGGAAGCAGGGAGUUCUGUCACAAUGACCCCUCGGUCUGGCAGGCCAAACAUCUCACUGUGAACAUUACCAUGGAACAUUACCAUGGACAAAAGAAAGCAGAAUCCCUUGUACUUCGCUACUUGGGAGUAAAAUCAAAACAAUGGAAAAACAGGAAAUGGGUUACCAGUUUGCUAUUCUUUGAAUGAAUGAGAAUAAUGGUGCUUAAGUAAUUCUGGUUACCCAAAAUAUGGUCCCAGCUAAUGUUUUAAGAGGCGACCGUCAAGUAAUAACGAUAGUGAAGCACAGAACUACGCUCAUUCUGAACUCUUAGGGCAAGCAACAGCGCCCUUCUGUGUUUCCCAUACAAACCAUUAAACUGACAACUCUCAAGGGUGACGUUGUUCUUGGGAGACAGAACUGGGCCAGCCCUAAAAGAUACAAACGUGAAUAUUACCUGAUUGGUAUCACUGAAACAGAUAUCACGUAUCCACCGCGGUUUUUUUAUUUUCUCAUUCAACCGUUACCUUUUGGAUGAGUCUAAUUUGCCUUUUAGUAAUGCGUCUGGACAUUCAGAGAGCAGUGAAUGCCAACCUGCAGGCCCGGACUGGCAAUCCUUGAGUUCUGGCAAAUGUCAGAGGGGCUGCUGUAAAAUGCCAUAGACACUCAGUAUCACUGAGUGGGCUGGUGGGGGGACUGGUUGGGCCUCUGUGUACUUCAAAUGCCAGAGCCUAUUUUCACUCCCAGACCUGCUAACCUGUGUCAUAUUUGGGAUAAAUGGCACCCAACAGCCUGUAUCAGUUGUCUAAAAAAUGCAGAGCUGUAGCCGAGGAUGAUGUGCCACAGGUUAGGCAUUGCUGCCCUCUGCCUCUUGCUGUCUAGCUCCAUUGAGAAAACCUGCAUCAAACCUCUGUCUUACAACAAUUGGAAUUAGGGAUGUAUUCCUAAUAGAACUUUACCAUGUUAGGGGGGUGGGAGCUGGCUAGUACACAGCCCAUUGGUGGGGAAUAACACUCCUUUAUAGCAUGGUGUAGGAGCCUAAGUCACAUAUGCAUAUUUAUGCACUUAGAAACCAAAUGCACCAAGCCCCACAAGAUGCUGUGCCUCUGCUCCAUACAAUAAAGGAUUGGUUCAUUCUCUAUUGAUAUAUCGGUUUCUUGUUUUUAUCACUACAACUCCCAUUAUCCAAAUGAUUAUAAAAGUGUGAUUAGGAUAUUAUUAGUGCGUCGAAGGGCUGAAGAGUUGCUGAUUGGAAGAGCAUUUUAGGAAGGAAUUGGUUCAGUAUGAGAUCCAUAUACCCUUGAGCCUCAGUAUUGCAAUACAAUCGUCUGUAGG